UGCUGAAGGUCUUUUGCUUUAUUGCCAAUUUUAAGGAAAUUCUUGGAAUCAAAGGUGUGUUAUUAGACGAGCUAGUAAAGAUGUUCAAAGAUCAAUCGUAUUCAUCAGAGAGUAUGUCUUCUAUGCAUAUGAAAAUGCUUGAGAUGAUACAAGAAGAUGCUCGUGAUUGUAUGGUUGAGGAUUUUGUGGAAUGCAUCAGGCCUUCAGCAAUGCUGAUACAAGAAGCAGUAAAGGAAUCGAAAACUGAUAGAAGUGAUUUAAGCAUAGAUAUAGUAGCAAAAUGGAACGAUAACAUGAGCAUUGAAGAUAUUGUAAAAUCUGAAUGCGAUUGGAAGCAGAAAAUAGCCAUGUUUGUGGAAUUUCUUUCGAGUCACCUGAAAAUGGAUCUUAAAGAAAUAGGAAUGCGUGUAUUUGGCUCUGAUGUAUAUGGAAUGAAGGAUUACAACUGUACAAUGGUGGAUAGACUAGUCUUUUUUGAGUUUUUGAUGAAUAUGCUUUGUGUAACAAAUGCUUUCAGAAACAUGAUAUCUGAAAGAAUGAAGGCAUUGAAGAUGCUCAAUAAACAACGUAAAAAGUCACAGGUAAUGAUGAAGAAAGCCAAAAAGACAGUGAAUGCAGAAGAUGUAUGUAUUUUGAAAGACCAAUCUGUAGAGCAGCAUAAUGAAGAUGUACAGUGUAGCUUGAAUACGCUAGAUACACAACCCAAUGUAUUUAUAAAAGCAGAUCUUGGAAAUCUCGAUGGUAUUCGCUUUUUUAUGGCAGAUGGAACCAUAUAUGCACAGAAUGGUCAAGACUAUUACAGCGUGUCAAGGGACAGGCUAACUAUGAUGAACAAGAGCUAUCGUGUGAGAAGUAAAGAUGAGAAGAAUACGAUAGCUAACAUCCUGAACAACUCAAAGGUACUUUAA